AUGUCACUCGUCACAGCAGCCCAGAAAAUGUGCGCAACUCGAAAAUAUAUUGCCGCUGCUAAGAUUUUCACCGUCGUGAGCGCGUUGCUGGUGGUGCGAGAGUACGCACGAGCUGCUCAAAGCGAUCGACGGGUUCGAGUCGACUCUCAAACGUUCACAAACCAAGUCACGGAUAGUAGACGCUUCGAUCUGUCAACGUGGGCGAGAGAGCUGCUGCGCGACGUCGGUCCGAAAGCAAACUCUGAUGGUAUACGUGUGGGCUUGAGAUACAUGCAGGCUGAAGAUAAACCGUUUUGGAUGACCGUGCCUUAUAAAAUUCCACUCGGCGAGCUGUUGGUGUUUAUGCCCAUGAAUGGACUUAAAAGCCAGUACUCCAGAUUUGUCAUGCUGUCAGUCGCCAUGGAAAUGGCUUCAUAAAUAGACAACGGUCUACGAGAAACGUUUCUGCGCUUGUCAAAGGAGGAUACCAGACGCUAGAUGGGAUAUCGGACGGUGAUCGGACAGUGACUGUGCUUGGGUUUUGCAGCCAAACAUGGAUCCUUGUUGACAAGACCACCAGAAAGUGGCACAUUUACAACCGCCAUAAACGCUCCUGGAUCGAUGCGAGCGGUAUAGAGACUGAAAAUUCAAGACUUCCCACGGCAACGUUAGAAUCGCGAAUUAAAAUAUAUAUCUAGAGUUUCUCCGAAGGGUACUGACCAUUCAGCACUGUGCUUGCCGCCAGUGAUACUGCCCAGUGAUAUCACUUCACCAGAAAAAUAUACUUCCGGCUCAUCAUGAUCAACGUUCUGUACUAGCUUCUUGAGCGAUGUGAUUGACCCUAUCUGGCACAUUCAACAUGCUCAGGGUGUACAUCAUUGUAAGGGACAGACAACAUUAAAUCUACAAGUGGCUCUAUAAAGAACGGUAUGACGCUAUGCCGCCGAGCGUAAACUGAGAAAUCUAACAUACAUGAGGUACAACACAGCUCGGGGUGGCGCACUAUCGAUAGGGUUCAUGCCCUUCGAAGCCGACACCCACGAGAAUCCGAACGAUCUGUUCACGACGUCAGAUCCAGGUGGAUCCGAGGUGAGAGACAAAACGUUGAAAGGUCAAUUGAUUGGUUCAAUUGAAUGAAUUCAAUGAACUGAAUGUUGCGCACCCUCUUAUAUUGCCCUUUCUUUUCUAUUUGUUCGCUCCGAUCUUCUACUACAUCGACCGCAGAAUCUGACGGUGUCGAAGGCUUCUAGUAAAGCAGUGUUUGGAAAGACAUCUAAAGCGAAACUACGUUCAGGC